AGAGCAGGGGUUGGGUGCUCUGAGCAAAUCGCACUGGUGAAGUUGUGUGUGCAUUGCUUUUUUUCUUGAACCAUUUCCUUUCAGUUUACCUCUGUCCCAGCAUCUGCUAAGAGCAGUGCUCAGCUGUCAGCAGAGCACUUUCCGUUUUGAGGGCCCCUUGGGCUCGGGGAGGAGACAUGCUUCACGGGCCGCUGCCACCCUAAGAUGUUUUACUUAGAUGAUGACAGUGAAGAGGAGAGCGCCGUCAGCCAAAGCGGACGUGGUUACCACGGCAAGGCCCCUCCGGGUCUCCUGUCGCAAACCAUGAAUUAUGUUGGCCAGCUGGCCGGACAGGUGCUCGUCACCGUGAAGGAGCUGUACAAGGGCAUCAACCAGGCCACCCUGUCGGGCUGCAUCGAUGUCGUGGUGGUGCGGCAGCAGGAUGGCACCUUCCAGUGCUCCCCCUUCCACGUGCGCUUCGGGAAACUGGGCGUCCUGCGCUCCAAGGAGAAAGUGAUUGACAUCGAAAUCAACGGCAAUGCAGUGGAUCUUCACAUGAAAUUGGGCGACAAUGGAGAAGCUUUCUUCGUGGAAGAAACUGAAGAGGAAUAUGAGAAGCUUCCUGCCUACCUGGCCACCUCACCAAUUACCACAGAAGAUCAGUUCUUUAAGGAUGUUGAUGCCCCCUUGGGGAAAUCAGGAGGAGUUGGAGGCCCACCCCAGAUCCCGCACAUCUCAGAAAAGGAGAUGGUGUUUGCUCCAAGUGCUGUGAAAAAGAAGAAGCGGAGGAGGAAGAAGUGCAAGCAGGACAGUAAGAAGGAGGAGCAGGCAACUACCCCUGCCACAGAGGGUGCAAGAGAUGUGGCCGUGAGCUCAGAUGAUGAGAAAACGGCCCAGGUGGCCAGAGGACCUUCCAGCACUUCCUUAAAAGAAGAAGAAUAUAAGGAGCCUCUGCGCUUUCACUCUGGGGAUCACUACCCCUUAUCUGAUGGAGACUGGUCCCCGCUGGAGAAGGCCUAUCCCCAGGCUGUGUGUCCCAAGAGCGACUCAGAGCUGGAGGUGAAGCCCUCUGAGAGCCUGCUGCGGGCAGAGUCGCACAUGGAGUGGACGUGGGGGGGCUUCCCGGAGUCCACCAAGGUUAGCAAAAGAGAAAGGGCUGACCAUCACCCCCGCACGGCUAUGAUCACCCCAUCAGAAAACACACACUUCCGGGUCAUUCCAAGUGAGGACCGGCUCCUUCAGGAUGAGGAGGAGGACGAAGAAGGGGCCCCUGCAGACCCUGUGCAUGCCCUUCUGAAGCCCACACCCAGAGCUCCAUGCACACAUGCACAGAGCCCAACCGCCGAGGGGUCCCCGGAGCCUCUACAGCAGCCAUUGCGGGAGGGAGACACAGAGCCCCCAGCUGGCGCCGCCUCAGCAGAGCCCAGACCUGUGGCCAAGGUGGACUCGCCGUCCAGGAAGAGAGGCGUCCACAAGCGAAGCCAGCACCAGGGCCCUGACGACAUUUACCUGGAUGACUUGAAGGGGCUGGAGCCCGAGGUCGCUGCACUCUACUUCCCCAAGAGCGAAACAGAACCCGGCUCCAGGCAGUGGCCUGAGUGCGACACGUUUUCUGGCUCCCAGUCCCCGCAGUCGGUGGGCAGUGCGGCCGCGGACAGCGGCACGGAGUGCCUCUCGGACUCUGCCAUGGACCUGCCCGACGUCACCCUGUCCCUCUGCGGAGGCCUCAGUGACAAUGGGGAAAUUUCUAAAGAGAGAUUCAUGGAGCACAUCAUCACUUACCAUGAGUUUGCGGAAAACCCGGGGCUGAUAGACAAUCCGAACCUUGUCAUACGGAUUUAUAACCGCUACUAUAACUGGGCCCUGGCCGCGCCUAUGAUCCUCAGCCUGCAGGUUUUCCAGAAGAGUCUCCCUAAGGCCACUGUGGAGUCCUGGGUCAAGGACAAGAUGCCAAAGAAGUCUGGGCGCUGGUGGUUUUGGCGGAAGCGGGAAAGCAUGACCAAGCAGCUGCCAGAGGCCAAGGAGGGGAAGUCGGAGGUACCUGUGGCCAGUGCCAUGGAGCCGGCCAGUGCCAGACUGACAGAGGAUGACACGUCGAGUGAUGAGGGCUCCCAGGAGCUCGAGGAGUCCAUUGCUGUGGAGCCCCUACCCACAGAGGCCCUGAGCCAUGGCAGCAGCCCCUCGUACAAGAAGUCACUGCGGCUCUCCUCAGACCAGAUUGCGAAGCUGCAGCUGCACGAUGGCCCCAAUGAUGUUGUGUUCAGCAUCACCACCCAGUACCAGGGCACCUGCCGCUGCGCGGGGACCAUUUACCUGUGGGACUGGAACGACAAGGUCAUCAUCUCUGACAUCGACGGCACAAUAACCAAGUCUGACGCUUUGGGCCAGAUCCUCCCGCAGCUGGGGAAAGACUGGACACACCAGGGCAUCGCAAAGCUCUACCACUCCAUCAACGAGAACGGCUACAAGUUCCUGUACUGCUCCGCCCGCGCGAUCGGUAUGGCCGACAUGACCCGAGGCUACCUGCACUGGGUCAACGACAAGGGCACUAUCCUGCCACGGGGCCCCCUCAUGCUGUCACCCAGCAGCCUGUUCUCCGCCUUCCACAGGGAAGUGAUAGAAAAGAAACCAGAGAAGUUCAAAAUCGAGUGUCUGAAUGACAUCAAAAACCUGUUUGCCCCCACCAAGCAGCCCUUCUACGCCGCCUUUGGGAACCGCCCCAACGACGUCUAUGCCUACACACAGGUCGGCGUCCCGGACUGCAGGAUCUUCACCGUGAACCCCAAGGGAGAGCUGAUCCAAGAAAGGACCAAAGGGAACAAGUCCUCGUACCACAGGCUCAGUGAGCUGGUGGAGCACGUGUUCCCACUACUCAGCAAGGAGCAGAACUCUGCCUUCCCGUGCCCCGAAUUCAGCUCCUUCUGCUACUGGAGGGACCCCAUCCCUGCCGUGGACCUGGACAACCUGGCCUGAGGCUGGCCCACAGCCGCCCACCUACCCUCUGCCUUGUACCCUGGAGGAGGAGGAGGAGGAGGAAGAGGAAGAGGAGGAGGGAGGGCUCACCAUGCCCUGAGCUACAGGACUGAACAGGAGGCACAGGAGCCCUGCAGCAGACAGGGGUGCAGCACGGAGCUCCUCGGCCCUGUGCCCCAUGAGCCCGCCUGCCCUUCUACCCCAGCCUGGGCCGCCAGACCAUCCAGUCCCAGGGGGAGAGCCCUCUUUGCACACACUGGUUACUCUGUAGAGCCACGUGCAGGGAGAGCGGCACAGCUGAGGGCAUCCCAGGAGGCCAGGCCUUUAUCCUGCUCCACGCUGGGGCUGCCUCAGGGGCCCUUGGGUCUUGCUGAGCAACAGGACUUCCAGUCCUCUGUGCUUCCGGCUCACCAGGAGCAGGGUGGCACUGGCUUCAGGGCCAGCAGCACCAGUUCUGCAUGUGAGGUCAGGGGGCCUAUUGAGACCUGCAGGGACACAGCCAUUGUGGUCACUGUAGCACAGGUAGCGUGGCCCUGACAAGCUCGUGUUGGACACCAGAUCGAGCAGCACUGGUGAUGCUCCCUGUGGCAGUCAUGGCCAGGAGGCUGCUUGAGGGGGGCUGAGGGGAUCCCCCGCAGCCUGGGGCCUGGUUCUGCCCUGCAGGCCAUGGAAGGCAAGGACCCAGUCAGUGUCCACACAGUCACAUGGGGGCUUGAGUUCAUGUUCUCCCAAAGUGAGACGGAGGGAACACUGGAGACCUGGAGGGCACAACCCUGCUUCCCCUGCUGAGGGGCAGCCUCAAGCCCCUGUGGUCCCUGUGCCCUCAAGGCUCCUCUGCACUUCUGCCUGGGUAGUUUGUCCCCAUUCCCCACAACACUUCUCAGACACGGGGCCUCCCAGAACGCCUGGCUGGGGGCUGGACUCCACGUGUCCCUGUGUCAGCAGCCCCAAUGUGGUCAGGCACUGCAGAGGGGACACAGGCCGAUGCCAAGCCGUGCUGUGGUGGGGCGGAGCCUAGGUCUGAGCCGGAAGCCCAUUGCCAUUUGGUACAAAUGACAUUCGUUCUUUCUGUGAAAGAGAGAUGCCCCAUGUAUUUGCACACGACCCUCCGGGUGAGGCAGGGUCACCGCUGUCUUCCAGUGCCAGGUGCGCCCCUGGGGAGACCCCUUCCUGCCUCCGGGCCACUGGCUGCAGAGCCCGGCCCAGCAUCAGCACUGUUGACCUUGAGCAUGCUACGGGGCUGUCCCCAGCACCAGCCGCUGCCCCACAUAACGGUUAGGGGUGCGCUGCGGCCCUCUCUGGCAUCCCCUGCCCUGUCCUCUGGGAUGAGCUUGCGGGAGGCUACAUUCUGAGUUGGGUUAGAGUAAGCGUCCUUCCCAGGCAGGAGGGGCUCCCGACGUGGCCUGAAGGUGGCGAGGAUGCCAUUCUUCCCCACAUAGGAACCCAGCCAGCUGGCGAUAAGCCCGGCUGCAGGUAGCAGUGUCACUAGUAGUUGUCAGUUCAUCGGUAAGUCAGCGCCAUCCUCUGAGCUGUGGCAGACAUCUCUAGAUGAGUGGCUGGUACUCUGAUGCAGUGUUUGAUGUUCAAAACAAAACGUUACAACAAUAAAGCAUAAAGCAGA